GGAGGCGCCACCGGUCGGAAAGGCCCCCGGGAGGCGGGACCUCCCAGAGGCGCUGGAGGCUGAGUCGGGACAGUGACGGGGGGCUUCCCUUCCACCCGCACCGGAGCCCGGGCUCCUUCGUUCCUUUCCACCCACCCGGGGAUGCAGCUUCUGGAAAAGAAUUAUACUUCCAUGUACUCCAGGUUGUGCACUACGGAUGGAAACCAUUUAAGUUUAUAAUGUCAAAAAUUUCUCUUAGACCAAAGGUAUCUUCUACAAAGGUAACAGAGUGGGUAGACCCAUCAUUUGAUGAUUUUUCAGAGACUUCGGCCAUCUCUACUGUUACUGCCUCAUCUUUAGGUUUGAAUAACCUGAGUCACACUAGAAAAAAUGUACCUUCCAUUUUAGAAAGUAGGAGAUUUCCAACUAGAAAAAGAGGAAAUCCAUCUUCCUUAGAACAGACGUUUGAUCUAGAAAAUUCAAAAGAACAUCUGUCUGAUAAUGAGCCUUGGGUGGAUAAAUACAAACCAGAAACUCAGCAAGAACUUGCUGUACAUAAAAAGAAAAUUGAAGAAGUUGAGGCCUGGUUAAAGGCUGAAGUUUUGGAAAGGAAGUCAAAGCAGGGUGGAUCUGUUUUAUUAAUAACAGGUCCUCCUGGAUGUGGAAAGACAGCUACUAUAAAAAUACUAUCAAAGGAGCAUGGGAUUCAAGUACAAGAAUGGAUUAAUCCAGUUUUACCAGAAUUCCAAAAGGAUGAGUUCAAGGAGACCCUUAGCUUUGAAUCAAACUUCCAUAUGUUUUCAUAUCAAUCUCAGAUAGCAGGCUUCAAAGAAUUUCUACUAAGAGCAACAAAGUAUAACAAACUGCAAAUGCUUGGAGAUGAUCUGACAACUGACAAAAAGAUCAUUCUGGUUGAAGAUUUACCUAACCAAGUUUAUCGAGAAUCUCGUACUUUGCAUGACAUUCUAAGGAAGUAUGUGCAAGUUGGCCGUUGUCCUCUUAUAUUCAUCAUCUCUGACAGUGUAAGUGGAGAUAAUAAUCAGAGGCUACUGUUUCCCAAAGAAAUUCAGGAAGAGUGUUCUAUUUCAGCCAUUAGUUUCAAUCCUGUGGCACCAACAAUUAUGAUGAAAUAUCUUAAUCGAAUAGUGACUAUCGAAGCUAGUAAGAAUGGAGGAAGAAUUACUGUCCCUGAGAAAACUUCUCUAGAGUUGCUCUGUCAAGGAUGCUCUGGUGAUAUUAGAAGUGCAAUAAACAGCCUUCAGUUUUUCUCUUCAAAAGGAGAGAACAACUUAUGGCCAAGAAAGAAAGGAGCAUCAUUAAAAUCAGAUCCUGCACUGUCAAAAUCUAAGCGAAGAAAAAAGCCUGAUGUUUUUGAAAAUCAAGAGGUCCAAGCUAUUGGUGGCAAAGAUACUUCUCUCUUUCUAUUCAGAGCUUUGGGGAAAAUUCUGUAUUGUAAAAGAGCACCUUUGACAGAAUUAAACUCACCUCGGUUGCCAUCUCACUUGAUAGAGCAUGAACGGGAUACGUUACUUGUUCAACCUGAGGAAAUAGUAGAAAUGGCACACAUGCCAGGAGAGUAUUUUAAUUUAUAUCUUCACCAAAACUACGUAGACUUCUUCAUGGAAGUGGAUGAUCUUAUGAGAGCCAGUGAAUUUCUAAGUUUUGCAGAUAUCCUCAAUAGUGACUGGAAUACACGCUCUUUACUCAGGGAAUAUAGUACAUCUAUAGCUACAAGAGGUGUGAUACAUUCCAACAAAGCCCGGGGAUUUGCUCAUUGUCAAGGAGGAGGAUCAAGUUUUCGACCCUUACAUAAGCCUCAGUGGUUUCUAAUAAACAAAAAGUAUCGAGAAAAUUGCCUGGCUGCAAAAGCACUUUUUUCUGACUUCUGCCUCCCAGCUUUUUGUCUGCAGACUCAGCUGUUGCCAUAUCUUGCUCUGCUGACCAUUCCAAUGCGAAAUAAAGCUCAGGUUUCUUUUAUUCAAGAUAUUGGAAGACUUCCUUUGAAACGACAUUUUGGAAGAUUGAAAAUGGAAGCCCUGGCUGACAGGGACCAUGGAAUGCUAGACCCUGACAGUGGAGAUGAAGGCCAGUUUAACAGAAAAGGAGAGCCUGCAGAGGAAACCCAGCGUGAACCCACUCAAAUUGCUGAUCCUGAAACCUGGUCUCUUCCUUUGAGUCAAAAUAGUGGGAGUGACCUGCCUGCCAGCCAGCCUCAGCCUUUUUCCUCCAAAGAGGACGAGGAAGAAGAGGACAUGAUAAUAGAGGACUAUGACAGUGAUGAGGCGUAGACAGCAGCCUGCGCUGCAUUGCUACCUGACAGAUUCAUUUCGGUUUUAUCCAGUGGUACUUGAACAGUUUAUGUGCUUCCUGGUUAAUCACAAACAACUUUUUAAAAUUCUUCACUUCUAUUAGUAUUUAUCACAGUCUCUUCUGUCGUGGAGUAAAUAGAUCAAGUCUAUAAGUACUUAAUGUUUUUCUCUAGUAUUUAUUUAGUCUUGUGAAUGGUUUAGGCUUAAGAGAAGGAGGUCACUGCGUGUGAAGUAUGUUUGAACAUUAUUCUAAAUACCAGAAAAUGUGAAGAAAUAAUCCAGAAUAUAAAAAAUUUUAUGAGGUGUUGUAAAUGUGAUUUAUAAAAUAGGAUGCAAUUAUGAGUGUAAAUAAAUUUUGUGCCUUAUUUACAGUU